AUGGAAGCCAAAUAAAAAUAAGGAAAAAUAUUAGAGAUAGUACAGAAUUUAAUUAUAAUAAUAGCAGCAAACUUAAGACAUUAAUGUUGAAGCAAUGACAUUAUAUUAAACAUAAAAUUUCUAUAAUAACUCGAAUUUUUUCCAUAAUACAAUUGAUCUAUAAAUCUUAAGGUACGUAUAAAUUUAUACCAAAUUCAGAACAGCCUCAAAUUUCAAAAAAGCAGAACUGUUGAAAAACUUAUUUAGAAUCUUCCAAGUAUAAGUCCUCGAAAAAGCUCAUUUAAUAGUUUCAAAUAUUGCCACACAAGUCCUGAUACAAAAUUCAUUUCUCAGUAAUAGGGUUUUACCUUAUUAAUUACCAAUUCAGCUAAGAAGUGAAAUAGUAAAAGGUAACAACCAUUUGAUAUCAAUUUUAUUCUUAUUGAAAUGGUAAUUAAUCUUUAAAUCUUGCUUCUCACAUGUUGAACUGAUUUGUAAGCACUAAAUUAUGAAAAUGAUAUUUUAAUUGUAGUAAGUAAUCAACUGA